GCGCCCUUCAAGAGCUUGAUCGGCACUCGGCAGCUUUUGAAACGACGACUCUCCGUCCGGGACUACGGGUCAAAGCAUCACAUCGUUCACACUGCCUAGUGCCUUCACUACACGCCAGAGUGCCAGACUGAGCUCGCCGUAAACUACUUGGCUACUACUUCAAUCCAAUUGUUUCCGUGGAGAGCCGCUUGCAGCUACCGGACGCCGUAAGCUGGCACGCCAUGGGGUCUCUCCGCUUCAUCCUCCUUCCAUGCUUCCUCCUCGCGGUCGUUUGCUUUGACCACGCGGCCGUGCUCGCCGCCGACGAGUUCACCUACAAUGGCUUCGGCAGCGCCGGCCUCACGCUCGACGGCAUGUCCGUCGUGGCGCCGAACGGCCUCCUGGUGCUCAGCAACGGCACCAACCAGAUGGCCGGCCACGCGUUCCACCAUCAGCCGCUCCGCUUGCGGGACGGCGCGGGGGGCGCCGUCCGGUCCUUCUCAGCCGCGUUCGUCUUCGCCAUCGUGUCCAACUUCACCGUGCUGAGCGACAACGGCAUGGCAUUCCUGGUCGCGCCCAGCACCAGGCUCUCCACCUUCAACGCCGGCCAGUACCUCGGCAUCCUCAACGUCAGCGACAACGGCAAGGCCGACAACCGCGUCUUCUUCGUCGAGCUCGACACCAUGCUCAACCCGGAGUUCCAGGACAUGAACAGCAACCACCUCGGCGUGAACGUCAACAGCAUGAAGUCCCUGCAGAACCACAGCGCCGGGUACUACGACGACGCCACGGGGGCGUUCAACAACCUGAGCCUCAUCAGCCGCCAGCCCAUGCAGGUCUGGGUCGACUACGACGGCGCCACCACGCAGCUCGACGUGACGAUGGCGCCCCUGGGCGUGCUCAAGCCCAAGAAGCCCCUCAUCUCCGCGCCGGUCAACCUCUCGGCGGUCGUGACCGACACGGCCUACAUCGGGUUCUCGGCGGCCACCGGCGUCGUCUACACGCGGCACUACGUUCUUGGCUGGAGCUUCGCCGUGAACGGCGCGGCCCCGCUGCUGGACACCUCGAAGCUUCCAGCUCUGCCGCGGUUCGGGCCGAAGCCCCGGUCCAAGGUGCUGGAGAUCGUGCUCCCGAUCGCCACCGCGGCGUUCGUCCUGGCGCUCCUCAUCGGCGUCUUCCUGUUCGUGCGGAGGCGGAUGAGGUACGCCGAGGUGCGCGAGGACUGGGAGGUGGAGUUCGGCCCACACCGCUUCUCGUACAAAGAGCUCUACCAGGCCACCAAGGGCUUCAAGAACAAGCAGCUUCUGGGCACCGGUGGCUUCGGGAGGGUGUACAAGGGCGUCCUCCCAAAGUCCAAGCUUGAGAUCGCCGUGAAGAGGGUGUCGCACGACUCGAAGCAGGGGAUGAAGGAGUUCAUCGCCGAGGUUGUCAGCAUCGGGCACCUCCGACACCGGAACCUCGUGCAGCUGCUCGGAUACUGCCGGCGGCAAGGGGAGCUGCUCUUGGUGUACGACUACAUGUCGAACGGCAGCCUCGACAAAUACCUCUACGACAACAAGAAGCCUGUUCUCGAUUGGGAUCAGAGAUUUCAGAUCAUCAAGGGCAUCGCGUCCGGCCUAUUGUACCUCCACGAGGACUGGGAGAAAGUCGUCAUCCACCGGGACAUCAAGGCCAGCAACGUGCUCCUCGACGGCGACAUGAACGGCAGGCUGGGCGAUUUCGGCCUCGCGAGGCUGUACGACCACAGCGUUGACCCGCAGACGACGCACGUCGUCGGCACCAUGGGGUACCUCGCCCCGGAGCUGCUGCGCACGGGCAAGGCGACGCCGGUCACCGACGUGUUUUCCUUCGGCGUGUUCGUGCUGGAGGUCACCUGCGGGCGCCGCCCGCUCCAGUGCAUCGCGCCCGACGACCAAAACGUGCUGCUAGACUGGGUGCAGGAUCACGAGCGCAAGGGCGCGGCCCUCGACACGGUGGACUCGCGCCUGUGCGGCAAGUACGACGCCGACGAGGCCCGGAUGGCGAUUAAGCUGGGUCUCAUGUGCGCGCACCCCUUACCCGACGCGCGCCCCAGCAUGCGCCAGGUCGUGCAGUACCUGGUGGGCGACGCCCCGAUGCCGGAGGUGGCGCCGACGUACGUGAGCUACACCAUGCUGGCGCUGAUGCAGAACGACGGGUUCGACUCGUUCGUCAUGUCGUUCCCGUCCAUGGCCACAUCGAGCGUCAGGCCCGUCUCCAGCGGCUUCUCUGCCGUGUCCGGCCUCUCCGGCGGAAGGUGAAUAAAACAGUCGCUGUCACAGUAAAAAAAGUGUUAGGAAAUGCUUCAGCCCAUAUGCAUUAUCAGAAAGUCGUCGGUCGAGGCUUCUCAUCGAGAUUACAAUCUUCGGAGACCGUAAAAGCUUAUCAGAUUGCUCUUUCUCUAUAUAUUUUGAGAGAAAAUAUUAGUAAAAAAAGAUAUCUUUUAGUUAUCUGAUACAAAGUGAUCGACAGUUAAUAAUAAUAUAAGUAAAAAAUAUCCUGACACCCGGGACAGUACGGUAUCGUACCACAAUUGACGAUCGUCUUAGCAUUGCAUCCUUAUGGUUGCUUGCACUAUUAUGUUUGUUAUAAUAGAUAAUAUCUUCUAGCUAGAGAUAAAAGUAUUUUUACCGAGACUCGAGCUAUGUAAAUUCAAUCGGUUCUAGAUCUUGUAGUACGAUGGUAACUUGUACCAUUAUUUUUGUAAGAACAUACUUAUAUGUUUAUAUUUCGAAUGACAAUAUAAAUACAAAUAACUGGCUACUAGACCAGGAGAGGAAUUUUUUAACAUCAA